AUGGCUGCGAUCACGGCGCUCUGCGCAAAGGGGCCUCCAGUCCGCCAGCGACGGCUCACACUCGUGGUCGUGCGGUUCCGCGCCGCCGCGGUCGCGGGCGCGGCCGCCUGUGCGGGGCACGGAGGGCGCGGGCCCUCGCUGGGCCUGGGGCUGGCGCGCCCCUGCGACGAGUGCUCCAAGGUGAUCUGCGCGCUCGGCUGCUUCAGGCGCGUGGUGUACUCCACAGAGGACGGGCGCCUCGUGAGCGUCGCCCCAGAGGCCCUCCUGCAGGAGUGCCAGCCCUCGUCGGGCAAGCGGCUGCAGCGGCGCGCCGGCAGCGAGGCGGGCGGCGCUGGCAGCGCCGGCGCGGGCGCGGGCGCGAGGCGCGGCGCCAAGGGCGCGGCGCCCGUGCCCCCCGCGAGGCGGCGGCCCUGA